UCGUUGGACUUGCUUCCUUUAACCAACGUGGGUUCAAAGCUAUGAUGUCUCUUUUUCUAUAAAAGCUCAAAUAAGACCCAACGCCUCUUCGCUUUCACAUUUCUAGAUCUGCCUAUCUUCAUACCAACACUAUGCCCAAACUUCCGCCACCACCGUCACAGCACCUCCUCUCUCUUCUCCUCCUCAUCCUGUGUAUCGCUACAACCAAUGUCGCCGCCUCGGUCAGCGGUUCUCAAAAAUUCAAGGAAGCUCCACGAUUCUACAAUUCUCCAAACUGCCCACUCCUCUCCUCCUACGACAUUUGCUCUCCAGAAGCCGUCCACGUGGCAAUGACUCUUGACUUUUCUUACCUCCGUGGCACCAUGGCGGCGAUUCUGUCCAUUCUCCAACACUCCUCCUGCCCGGAAAAUCUCCGCUUCCACUUCGUUUCCUCCCCCUCCUCGGCCUCCCUUCACGCCGCUAUCACCUCCUCCUUCCCUUACCUCCGCUCUCAAAUCUACACUUUCCACACCUCCUCCGUGUCUGGCCUCAUCUCCACCUCCAUCCGCUCCGCCCUCGACUCCCCUCUCAACUACGCGCGCAAUUACCUCGCCAAUCUCCUCCCUCCUUGCGUCCAAAGAGUCAUAUACUUAGACUCGGAUAUAAUUCUAGUAGAUGACAUUUCGGUGUUAGCUGCCACACCACUCGGCGAAACUACAGUCUUGGCUGCGCCGGAGUACUGUAACGCUAACUUCACCUCUUACUUCACUCCCACGUUCUGGUCGAACCCAUCUCUGUCGCUAAUAUUCGCCGGACGCAGUGCUUGUUAUUUUAACACAGGGGUUAUGGUGAUUGAUUUGGAGAGAUGGAGACAAGGAGAUUACACGACAAAAAUCGUUGAAUGGAUGGAAUUACAGAAGAGGAUACGGAUCUACGUACUGGGUUCGCUGCCACCAUUCUUGUUGGUUUUUGCAGGGAAUAUUGCGCCUGUGGAUCACAGGUGGAAUCAGCAUGGUUUAGGAGGGGACAAUUUUCAAGGGCUUUGCAGAGACUUGCAUCCUGGACCCGUCAGCCUCUUGCACUGGAGCGGCAAAGGGAAGCCAUGGGCUCGCCUCGACGCCAACCGGCCAUGUCCUUUGGAUGCUCUCUGGGCUCCUUACGAUCUGUUGCAGACACCAUUCGCUCUUGAAUCUUAGAAAGUUUACAGAAUGGUAGAGUUCUAUAUAUCAAAUAAGAAACAUUGCAUAUAUAAUUUUUUUGAAGGUAAAAUUUUUGUGGUGUUCAAUGAAGGCAGAGGAAAGGUUGUGUACUUUUGUUUAUAGAUUACGCAGCCAUUGACAGACCUUAAAGCUUGCUUAAUUCCUGUUUUUCGGGCUUGUCCGUCCCUGAGAACAGUAAUAUUUAUUACUUCUAAUAUAUAAAAAAGUACGAUUGAUGAAA